CCAGUCCGUAGCAACAGGAAACCUUGGUAUAAAAAGGCGCGUCGCAGGGGGAACCCUCCUAAGUGUCUUUCAGCCGCAGCAUGACCCGGACCGAGAGCCUGAGAGUGUGGACCUAACACGACAAUGCCCACCGAACCACCCCACGUCCAACUCUUCAUCAUGGACAGAGAUGACAGAAAGAGAAACAAGAACAUUGGAAAGAACUUCAUGUGCCGACUCCAGUGCAUGUUCUCACACUCAUCAAGCUCGGAGAGCAGGCUAAGUUUAGAAGACACCCAACAAUGGUCACAGUCACUGGAAAAGCUCCUCGAGUCUAAAUAUGGGUUGGCCACUUUUCGCAACUUCCUGAAAUCUGAAUACAGUGAUGAGAAUAUUGAGUUCUGGCUCACCUGCGAGGUCUAUAAGAAGAUCAAGUCUUCAUUCAGAAUGUCCUCAAGAGCCAAGAAGAUUUAUGAGCAGUUCAUCAAAGCAGAAUCUCCUAAAGAGAUCAACAUUGACUAUCACACCCGAGAGAAGAUCAAAAGGAACGUCAAGACUCCCACCAUGCACUGCUUUGACGACGCUCAGACGAUAGUUUAUGGGCUGAUGGAAAGAGACUCGUACCCGCGGUUCCUCCGCUCAGACAUUUAUAGAACUCUCCUGGAUAACCUCGCAGCAGACGGCACGAAGGGAUGAAAGCGCAGUCAGUGGAAGAGGGAGCGAACGAGAGAGAGAGAGAGAGAGAGAAAGAGAGAAAGGACAUGAAACACAUAACUGGAAUGUUUGAGCUCCUUCAGGAGGGAGGACCGACAACAAAGGAGGGAAAGAGGGGUCUACCGCACGCGCGACACGGACGCCAGCAGAGGCCUCGCCAUCGCCAUCGCCGUCGCCAUCGCUACUGCAUCCAAAUGUGUCUCUGUCCUGUCACGGGGAGCCGGAAACACACAUCUGAGGACUGUGCCUCAAGGAGAAGAAUAAACAUGACGAGCCUUAAUGAUGAUGACCCUCUAGUGUUUGCACUGGAUGAUGAGUCUGUGUACGCAGGCCAAUUGGAACCACUUUUGACAAUGGACGAAUCAGUGAGGGGACCGACGCCCGCGCCGACCGCGGCGCCGCGUCAGCAAACCGUGCAACGGAACUCAUUUUGGCCUUUUUUGCAGAGGUACUUCCUGGGCUGAUUAAGAUAGAGGAUGUAAAAUACAAAGGUCACACUCGAUUAGUUGUGUGUUUGUGCGGCGCAUCCGUGUGUGUGUGUGUGUGUGUGUCUGUGUGUGUCUGAGGGUGAAAGUGAGUAUUUAGUUUUUGCUUUUAACUGCCACUGACGCAGAGUACGAUAUCACGAAAGGAGUUGGACAUUCAUUCAAUGACAGCACGAUGGAUGACAACAAAUGCAUCGCAGAUAGAGGACUCAGUCGUGAUGUUUUCAGAAGGCCACUUAGUUCUGGGACACUUGAAAGGGAGAUGUUUCUAAAUCUUUUUUAGAUUGGACUGAUAUGGGGUUUUAAAAACUGAUACUGAUACUUCUUUAGAUUUAAGCUGCCUGUUGGAGAUAUUUUGUGUCAAUGUUGAAUAUAUUUUAAAUUUUCCAAAAAAAGUAAGUAGUGUCUUAAAAAAUUAUCCAGAAUAAAUAUAUUUAUUUUAUGAUAACAAAACAUAAUCAUGCACAUUUUCUUGUGGAAUCUGAACCAAAUUCUGCACGACAGCAAUUAAGAAGUUCCCUUUUUUUACGGCCAGUAGCGUCUGAUUUAAUUCCUCAGCCGGCCGGCCCGUAUCUUAUUCCAGGUGUUGUGAUUUCAUUUAAUAAACUAUUUGAGUGGAAUUAUUAAAGGGAUAGGAUGGUUCACCUUGCAUGAUAGAAUGUUUAAACCCUGAGAAUAUGCCUUAUUCUUGCUUUGCAAAGCAUGUUGUUUUAAUGUAUUAUUAAGGGGGAAAUGUUAAGUUAACUUAAAAGUGAAACAGUGUAUUAUUUAUUCUUAAUUAUCACCAUUUGACUACAACGUGUUUUGCAGUGUUGAAGUGAUUAUUAAAAUGUCAAAAGUCAUUUGAACGACAUUAAAUGAUUUAAAUUGC